CCCUCACUCUAGCGUAUACGCGUCCUCUGUUUUAAACUUGUUUCCUCUGGAGAGAAGUACAAAAUAUGAUUUACGCCUCAGCUUAUCUUAAAUCUCCGGACCAAAAGAAGAGCUCUUUGUUAUUCGUUCUAAGACCCGCUGUGACUGCGCUGCGAGUGGCCUUUCGAGUGGUGGUUUUGAGUUAUCGCUGACACCGAACCCUCACAUAGCGAUCCGUUAUCGCACCAAUGGCGUUGUUUACAAAAACCGCACUAUACAAGCAUGGGGUCAAUACUUCUCUGGACACCGCUGCGCAAUGAUAUGUACGAGUGAAAGGAGCGCUCUUAGGGCUAUUCCAUGACGUUUACUCUCUAUCACAAUUACACGUCGAGAAUACUAUAUGCCUUGCCUUCAGCACGAUUCAAACCUCCUUCAGUGCAGUUCUGGGCUUGUGCUAGUGCAGCUCUCAGCUUCUCGUCGCCAACGUUGAUCACUUCGCGGCCGUAUUUCUCUAUAAAGUUUCACCUAUCAAUUCACCCACCUGUUUCAGAUGAAAAUUUAAUGGAUCGGGGAAAGAUCAGAAAUGCUGGUUAUGCGGAUGUCUGGAAAAUCUUGCUAUUCGAUCACUUAAUUUAUCAGCGUACAAGCAAUCGAUAGGAUAGG